AUGGGCCCAACGCCCAGUGCACCCAGUAAUGACGAGUUGUCCAUCAACUAUGUGCAUGCUUUAUACGGCGAAUGCAGCAUAGACAGCCUGGUCCAGAAUUUCUGGAAUCUGGAGGCAGUCGGUAUGAAGCACGAAGGCACCUACAUCACCUCUGCAGAGAAGCUGGCUGAGGAGAUCUUUGCGAAAUCCAUCAGCUUCCAUGAUCAGCGAGUCACCAUUGCAGUCCCAUGGAUCCACAGCAACGGCGAGCCUGGUGUCACCGCUAAUCGCGCCAUUGCAGACCAUCGCCUGUGCAUGCUAGGGAAAUCACUGGACAAGCGUCCGGAGCUGAAGGCAGCAUACGGCAAAGUCAUAUGUAGCCACAUUGACAAAGGCUAUGUGCGCGCAGUGUCGGCAGCAGAGGUUGAGGCAGAUGGCGACGACCAGUGGUUCCUGCCGCAUUUCGCCCUUGUACGAGAUGACAAGGCCACCACGAAGGUACGUGUCAUCUUUGAUGCUGCUGCCAAGUAUGACGGCACAUCGAUCAAUGAGUGCAUGUACGCUCGACCCGCUCUGCAGAAUGACCUAGUGAAAGUGCUUCUGCGGUUCCGCAAGGAGCCAGUGAUGCUCACGGCGGACAUAACCGAGAUGUUCCUGCAAGUCGUGCUGGCUGAGCAAGACCGCCGAUAUCAUCGCUUUGUGUGGGACUCACGUGUAUACGAGUUCGAGGGGUUGGUGUUCGGCAUCAAGGCGUCUCCGGACCUGGCAUGCAAGGCGCUACAAGUGGUGUGCCGCGAGACAGCCGACAAGUAUGACCCUGCCAUGUUGCAGAUUGUUGACCGAGACAUGUAUGUGGAUGAUCUGCUGCGCUCUGCUGUCUCCGUACCGGAAGCCAUCCGCACACAGCAGACAGUACAGGACAUCCUUGAGCAGGGCAGCUUCCACCUCCGCAAGUGGCUCAGCAAUAGCUCGGAGGUGAUGGACGGCGUACCGGAAGCUGACAGCUCACCGCAGCUCGUAGCUAGCAACAAUGAUCAUGAUAACUGUGUGCUACCAUCAGUCAAGACGCUAGGCGUGAUGUGGUCGGCAGAGGAUGAUACCUUUGCCUUUGAGUUCAAGCCGUCUGCAACAGAGAAGCUGACCAAGCGAGCCGUACUGAGUAAGAUGGCAUCUAUAUUCGACCCACGCGGACAACUAGCUCCCUUCACGAUUCGCUCUCGUGUCAUGUUCCAGGAGCUGUGCAUCCUCGGGGUGGGCUGA